AUGCAUCCAAUAGGUGCCAUUUGUGUUGGAUGACUGAUUCUGAUACUCUCAUGAUUUGAUAGAAUUUAUGCGGUAUAGCGGCUAGUUGGACAAUUUGCGUUAUUUUCGUGUAGAUAAGUAACAUUGUGCAUUUCAACGAUUUUAAGUGCGACAGAACUCUUGAUAAUUAAUUCACACUUUAUAUUGUAUUUUAACGAUCGCAUUAUUAACGACGACGCUUAAAUAAUUGCAGAUCAAAAUGUCUACUACAUCACAGAAGCAUAGAAAUUUUGUAGCGGAACCAAUGGGAGAUAAGCCUGUAACCGAACUUGCUGGUGUUGGAGAGGUAUUAGGCAAAAGAUUAGAAGCUGUAGGUUUUGAUAAGGCAUAUGUAGUACUAGGACAAUACUUAGUACUAAAAAAGAAUAAGGAAUUGUUUCAAGAAUGGAUGAAAGAUACCUGUUCAGCAAAUGCAAAACAAUCAAUGGAUUGUUAUCAAUGUCUUACGGAUUGGUGUGAAGAAUUUUUGUAAAGUAGUAAAUUUGAAACGUUUUUUAAGUGCUAACUAUUAAUUAUAAAGUUUUAUAACAUUUGAAAAAUGUAAAAUAUAUUUCUUAAUAAUACAAAAAACAAUUCAAGUAAAUCUUAUAUGAAUAUCAAACUUAAAGAAAAAGCAAUUAAAAUAAUAAAACUUAGUUUUUUAUCUAAUAAUCUUAAUGUGUUUUUAAGGAAUAGUUUUUGUAAUAUAAAGUUUUUUGUUUAUGUUCACUUUGUCAUUGACGAUUAGAAUAUUAAUUGCUAAGAUCUUGAUUACAUAUAAAGUAUAUUUAAUUGAAUAAUUACUCAAUAUUUGUAUCCUUCAUAAGAAUGAAGUUGUCCAAAAAAUUGUUAUACUGAUCAGUACAAAAAUUAUAGAAUAUGAUUAAUAAAUGUGAACAUCAACAAGCUUAAAAAUGUAAAUGUGUGUAACACUUA